AUGUCAUCAACUAAAUGGCCUCGUCUGUUCGCACUGUUACUGUUUAUUAUUGGAAUAGGCAUAUUAGUAAUAGGAGUAGCAAUUCCAAUCCUUGUAGACAAUAUGAUUGAUAAAGGUUUAGAUUCUCUUUGAAUAUCCCCAGGCCAUCAUAAUACUUGAGGAGAAACACCAGGCAAAAUUGGAGCCAAAGUAGUCAGAGGGUUCAAGGUUUUCAAUAUAACAAAUUCUGAUGAAAUAUUUCAAGGAGCAAAGCCAAUGAUAGUCGAGUCUCCGAUAGAAACUUUUCAAGAGUAUUCCAAUUUUAUAAACUGGGACUUUCUUAACCAAAAUGAAGAGCAAGUUGGGCAAAAAAAGUCAGGAACUUAUAUUGUUUAUUAGCAAGAGGGGUAAAAAGAUCAGCUUAGCAAGGAUCUUUUUUUUUUAGAAAAUUAGCAGUGGGCUAGUUUAUUUUUAAAUAAUUUUCAUUAUAGGUAAUAUAGAAUAUGGAAAUCAGCUUAAUCUGAUACCAAUUCCAUCUAAUGGAACACAUAUAGACUCCAAUACAACUUUGGUUGGGGUAAACCUCCCUUUAUACGCUUCUUUUUAUGCACUUACACACGAGCCAUUUCCAUUUUAUACGCAGCCUAUUUUAUAUGAUGUCGUGAUAGCAUUCCAAAAUGACUUAUAUGACAUGAUUUUGGGGUAUUCCAUGUGGUAUAGAUAUUUUAAUGAUACAAAGAGUGUUGAAUAUUAUAUGCUGAAUACUGGAUUUACACCUAGCAAUGUAGAUGUACUGCUAACAGAUCCGAAUUAUGGAUGAACUGGAUGAAAACAGAUGAAGACAUGAAUUAGGGCUGCAUUUGAGUAUAAUUCGACGCAGAAAUUUACUGAUGGAGCUUUUGAAAUUUUAGAUAAUUAUUUCCAAAUAGAUAAUUUGGAAUUAUUAAUUAUAGAAAAUUCACUGCUUUGGGGUACAAUUGAAGAAAUUCUUGAUGAUAUGAAAGCGAGGUAUGGAACUAAUCAAAGACAAGAAUUAGCUAGUUUGCAGUGGGGGUCAGGAAUGGUCACUAAGGACUUGCCUUUAGGUUUAGGCUCAGUUCCUUUAGAUGACGGAGUCCCAUGUCCAUCGUUUUUGUCAUUGAAUAAGACUUUCAGUUUUAUCCCAGAAAUUGGAUUUCUAAAUACAAAUAUAAGCUUUAAUUCUGUUGCAGAUAAAUUAUUGCAGGUUUCUUAUACUUACCCAAUGAAAAAUUACUAUUCCAUGCUAAAUCUAAACAACGUUGGAUACUUUUUUGCAGCCAUUGCAGCUGGAAAUUAUUCUCAAGUUGCCAGCAGCUUUGGGAUUUCUUCCCAGCAAGUCGGAAUUCUUGCAAAAUAUCUAGAAUAUAUAACAAGUCUUCCAAUACAAUAUAAAAAUCAGCUUAUCAAAACUGAUGGUUAUUCAAUGGAACUCUCCCGAUGAUCUAAUAAUAUUCUAAUAGAAAAAACAGUCUCUCUUCGAAAUGAUGCAUUUUGGGCACCACCUGCUAGGUCUCUUUAUUGCGAAUAUUUCCGACUUAAUGUGUCUUGCUACACAAUAAUGAGAACAGGCGCAAAUUCUACAACAGCAUCAAUUAUUUGUGGGGAUUCCACAGUAGGCUGAAACUAUAUCCUCACACAGACGUGGAAAAACUUAAUGAUAUGAAUAAAAGCAGCAGUAAAGCCUGUAGGCUCUGAUGAUUAUGAUCUUUUGCUGGCCAAAACUCAGCUUUCUUCUGCUGCUCUGAACAGGAUUUUAUUAGCUUGGUUUUCUGAGCAAUCUCAAAUUAUUUUUAAUAAAAUUUCUAAAAACUAUCAAUGUUCGACUAGCGUGUGUAGGUUUGAUGACAUGUUUUAUUUGCAGUUUGGGAGCUCUGGGAUAACGAAUAACCCGACACCAGAUUUGUUGAAGUGUGGGAUUAAGCCAGCAUUAUCAAUGAAGGAUUGGCUACCUGAGAGAUAUUCAGUUCCUAUAGAGUGGACUUAUUAUUCUGACAUUGAGCUGCCAGUUCCAAUUGCUAAAGGAAUAUUUAUUAUUGCCUGGAUAUCUCUUUUAUCAUUUUUAUUACAAUAAAUAAGACCAUUUAGCUAAUUAAGCAUAUUUAAUUAUGAAACUUUUCUAAACCCUUCAACUAUCAAACUUUUUUAUAACUCCUAUUUCAAAGGAAACAUCACUGCCACAGCUAUAGAAUUUGAUUUUCCUACCAUAGAACUUGCUGAUGAGAUGUACAAUUAUUUGAUCAAAAUUAUCCCAGGAUUUUCAUUUUUUACCCCAAGACAGUUUAAUGACUGAAUUUACGGGACUUUAGACCCAUUUCUUACUUAUGUCCAGCAGACCGAUAUUUACCAUGGAGGAUAUCCACUAGUUCUUCCUUAUUAUUCUUUAUGCGCUAAUACCACAGAUUUACCAUCUUUUCCUAAGCAUGAAAUGCUGACUGGCAAAGGGGACACUUCAAAUACUCGUACAUAUACUAAAUAUUAUGGUAGCAGUAUCAUGAACCAGUUUGGAAGGAAAUAUGACGCAAAUUCGUCAAGUAGCUAUAGCUUUGGGUAUACUGAUAUAUGAAAUGCAGAUAUGCAAAUUCGAGGUACAGACGGAGGCCAGUUUGGGACAAGAAUAAGCAAAAAUGAUGAACUAGUGGCGUUUAUUUCUCCGAUUUUGAGAGAUAUUUCAUUAAUAUACAGGUGGAAAGAAAAAUAUAACGGCCUAGACGUCUAUUUAUUUACACUAAACCAAAGCUUGGUCCAAACCUCUGCCAUAGUUCCAGAAAAUGCUAAUUACAACCAAUUCGAAAAUGGUUAUAACGGCUUCUUCAAUAUUUCCAGCCAAUUUGCGGCUCCAGUGUUUGUCACAUUUCCCCACUGUUUUGGGUGUGAGCCUGAUGCCCAAAAUAUGAUAGAAUAUUAUUCCUUUACUUCAAAUUCUUCAUUAGGAUCAAAAUUACGCCUUCCAUGAUGGCGAAGGCCGCAGUCCGACAGAAAAACAGGAGUUCCGAAAUUCGGGGUCACUUAACAAAAUGGCGGCCCGAAGGGCCACGGGGUCGGAUGGACGUGUGGUUUCCGGGGUGGAGCAGUUUUUGGGCUAACUGGACCUCUCCUCGACCCACAGACGAAAGACCGACGGCGCAAUACCAAGCAGGUACUUCUGGAGGAGCAUUAUGUUGCCUGUAAAAUGGCAGAGGUAGUUCCAGAAGGAGGCAACGGACGGCUCCCUCAUACCCUGAGCACUACCAGGGGUUAAGAGAGUCCUUUGCUGAAGUUUUUUGGUCCAAGCAGGUUCGGGUGAGUCUCCCCGAAAGAUGUCGACGUCACCAUUUUUGAUGACGUCAUCAGAAAAGGGCGUUAGCUGGGAUUAGUGCUUAACACCACUGAAGCGCGAAGCUAAUCCGUGUAAGGAUAGGGGCUGGAAUAAUCCCCUGGGACCCCCUAUAAUUUAUCUCUCUCUAAUUUAUCUCUCUCAUUAGGAUCAAGGAUUUAUCCCUAUGCAACCCAUGAUGCUCCUUUUGUGAAAGUCGAGCCAUCCACUGGGGCUGCGGUCUCAGUUGUCUUGAACUUUGAAAUACAAGUUGCUUUCUACAAAGACUAUUUCUUUAAAAAUAUUCAUGAAUCAGUCCCUGGGAAAGGCUUGUAUAUUCCUGCUUAUCAACUGAUAAGAAGCUCAAAUUUAAGCGACAGCCAGGUCGAUAAAUUAUUUGGGACUCUGCUUAUGGCAAGGUACCUUAGACAGUUGAUAUUUUACGUUGGGGUCACUGUUGGAGCAUGCUUUGUAAUAAUAUCAAUGUUUUUGGCUGCUUAUUUGUACAGGAAGAAAAAGUUCGGAGGAUGGAGGUCUCCAAGAGAGACUAUGCUUGCACUGUCUCCAAGGGCGACUCAGCAGGCGAAAGAAGUUAACGAAGACUAA